CAGCAAGACUUCACGCAUAAAAAAGCUUCGAGAUUUACGCACACAAGCCUCGCGACCGCACCAGCUCCUUUCGCACACAUACAUUAUGGGACGUGCAACUAACACUAGUUGACAAGGGUACACUUGGAUAGAGAGCGCGCGCAAAGCAUGACUUGGAUACGCUCAUGUUUUUUCCUGUCUUGUGUUGGACAGGUGUUUGCAAAUCCGCCAACCGAGACGAGGAUAUAUUUGGAUAACAUUACGCGCGUUUUGGAUCGAUUAUUAGAUGGAUAUGACAACAGACUCCGACCUGGAUUUGGAGGUCCUGUCACAGAGGUUAAAACGGACAUAUUUGUCACCAGCUUUGGUCCUGUUUCUGAUGUGGAAAUGGAAUACACAAUGGAUGUGUUUUUUCGGCAAACCUGGAUAGACGACCGGCUGAAAUUUGAGGGCCCUAUUGAGAUCCUGCGUCUCAACAACCUAAUGGUCAGCAACAUUUGGACACCGGACACUUUCUUCCGAAAUGGCAAACGUUCUAUUUCGCACAACAUGACCACUCCCAACAAGCUGUUUCGCAUCAUGCAGAACGGAACUAUUCUGUACACCAUGAGGUUAACCAUCAAUGCUGAGUGUCCCAUGCGGCUGAUAAAUUUUCCAAUGGAUGGACAUUCAUGUCCUUUGAAAUUUGGCAGCUAUGCCUACCCAAUGAGUGAGAUUGUUUACACGUGGAAGAAAGGGCCAUUAUUUUCAGUGGAGGUUCCUCAGGAGAGUUCCAGUCUGCUACAGUAUGAUCUCAUUGGACAGACGGUGUCUAGUGAGAGGCUGAAGUCAAACACAGGUGAAUACAUAGUCAUGACGGUGUACUUCCACCUGCAGAGGAAAAUGGGUUUCUUCUUGAUCCAGACAUACAUCCCGUGCAUUAUGACUGUGAUCCUAGCACAGGUCUCCUUCUGGAUCGACAAAGAGUCAGUACCAGCCAGAACUGUGUUUGGCAUCACCACAGUACUAACCAUGACCACGCUGAGCAUUAGCGCUCGUCACUCCUUACCCAAGGUCUCCUAUGCCACCGCCAUGGACUGGUUCAUCGCCGUCUGCUUUGCAUUCGUCUUCUCAGCCCUUAUCGAGUUCGCUGCUGUCAACUAUUUCUCCACCUUGCAGGCCAAUAAGGAACUUCGGCGGGUCAGCAUGGCCUGUGCUGCGGUCAGAAGUGAUGGAGAAGUUGUUACGAAUCCUCUGGACCCUGGAGGUGUGCUGAAGAAAAGGCUGAACUCUGUCUCUCAAAGAGAUGCUCCUGACAGGUUCUCCAGAGCUCCACAGCCUGGUCUCCAUCAGCAAGGCUCCACUGUCCCUGCCAUCAACACGCUGACAACUAGUAUUAUUGACAAAUACUCUCGCAUCCUUUUUCCGCUGUCCUUCGGGGCCUUCAACCUGGUCUACUGGAUUGUCUAUCUCACCAAAGACACUAUGGAGUCCAGGGAAGUGUGAGCCCUGUUAGAAAUCACAGAAAAGUGGGAUGAAGACAUGGCCAUCUAAUAAACUGGUGAAUACAUAGAUGGAUGGAUGGACGGAAGGAUGGAUGAGAGACACAUUCAGGGUCUGCUGCUGAAGAUGUAACUGUGAUUGUGCUGAGAGGGGACAAUUUUGACUCUCCUUCACCUCUGCCCCCUCCCUUUCUUCAGCCCAAUAGCAUGUAUUGACCUCUCAUCGCUCUGGCAUGAAACUCUCCGACUGCAGAAUGGUUUCCUCCUCCCUAAAGACAGUCAAGGUGCAAUGGCACUUGUGGCACUCUUGUUUUGACACUGUCACAUAAUUACACACUCAACAUCCUCCCUUCACACACACACACACACACAUACAAAAAAAACUCUGCAGACACACAAUAAUGUGCAGGUGUGGCUUUCUGGCAAAUGCAAGCCUUACAGCAGCCAUAGGGGCUUUCGCACUGGAGGAACCUAUUCAUAGUUCCUAUUGGUGGAAGUGGUGUUGUCACACAGUGCGUGAACACAAUGACCAAUCAGCACUGUUUAACAAUCUGCUCCACAGCUCAAAAUUUCAGUAUAGAAUGGUAUCUCGGUCGGUACUUUUGACAAGGUGGAAGUUCCCGCUUUUUGGUGUUUUCUCACCGCAGGAACUAGAAACAUAUAGGAACUCCGUUUGGAGGAACUAAAUUAGCUCCUACUUUAGAGUAGGGUUUAAAACAGUUCUAUAGGGACUGUCAAUGACAUAAGUGUACGCUGAUUGGCAAACGCAUACGAAACACCGGCUAUCUGGCAUGUUUAAAAAGCCAUGUAAAAAUAUUUACUUCAAGAACAUGUAAACCAGCAAUAACAGCAUUUACCUGUUGUCUGCAGUGUUGUGUUCUUUUCUCAGUCUCAAUUAUACACAACACUGCAAGAGAUUUAGUCAGACUUUAAUUCUCUUUCAAUCGCAUAAAUUGUGUUUUUACAUUCCAUCUCCGUUAUAACAAAACCCAUGACACACAACAAAAACAGCUCCGAUCACGGCGUCCUCCAUUCACUGUUUGUUGAUGUUUGUAAAUGCAGCUCACAAAGACGUCGCAGUCGACUGCUUCAAAGGCUGCGAAUGCAACCAGCAAAACGGCCCGAGGAGGAAAUUGGUUCUCUAAGAACUAUCAUUCUGGCUAGUUCCUAGAACUGAGUCCCUUGAACUACGCGGUGCGAAAGCCCCUCAUGUUACUUUAACCCUGAAAAGAAGCAACAAGCAAUGCAAAACUGAAUUAAGGCCAGUCUUUGCUAUAACAACUUGAGUUGAUUUUUGAAGGCUGUCAUACAGGUGUGUAACAAUCUACAAGAACAAAAAAAAAUGUGUAUCUGUUGGUAAAGAACUCACUGACAAGUGAUUGAAUUGAUGCAUUAUUAUCAAUGAAACAUAAUGAAGGAUGCAUUUUUUUUUUUUCAUUAUUAUUUUCAUAGGUUACACCUAUGGUGGUGUAGGUCUUGUAAAUGGCUCAUAUUCUUUGGCCCUUGUGACAAUCAUUAAAUAUAACAGAUUCUCCAGUGUGCUGAGACAUGCAUGAUGGUUAUAAGGUACACAAUGGAUUUUAAUUUCCAAUAUGGUACUUUUUGGAAUUUAGCAAGUACUGGGGAAGGUGUCCAUUUUGUCAAUCCGUGUUUAGGGGAAUUUUAAUUUGCACUAUAUUUUAAAGUACAUGCAUUUAGUGUACAAUUUACUUACACAGCAAAGUACUGAAUAAAAUAAGGUAACUACAAGUUUAGGUUUAGUUUACCGUUAGUACCUAGUUAUUACAUAGUUAUUAAAAUUACUAUAAUAAUUGGGUCACACUUUGUUUUAAGGUGUGCUUGUUACAAUGUAAUUGUACAUUUAAGUACUGAGGAAUAUUAGUUAACUACAUGUGCUUACUAUGUGGUUAUGGGAUUAAGGUUUGACUUAGGGUUACUUGCAUUAUGCAUAAUUUAUUUUUAUUUUAAUAGUAUGUGUAUGCACAUGCAUAACAGGACUGUAAGAUAAAGUGCUGGAUUUUCUUCUUGGCACACUGAAUAAUUUUGCACCUGCAAUUUGUUCACACAGACAUUUAUCUUGAUUGUUUACAAAUCCUGCAAAUUGACAGUCAAGCUGAUGUGACAUCUCUGCACGCGGACAUUUAUAGUUGCGGUUUAUUUUCAGAGUUAAGACACUUUAUUUAUUGUGGCGGUUCUAUUAUUUGGUCCACUUCCUCUACACAUCUGCAAACAGUUCUAGUCUUUCCAGACACUGGAGUCCACCUGGGGCAAAGAAUGCAUGCUAUCUUCAGACAGUAGCUGUUUUGUUGAAUCAUUUUGUCCCACUCUUUUUGCUUCAUUGAACUGAUGGGGGUCUUUCAGGAGAGAGUUAUUUUAGAACUCUCUCCUCUUUUAGACAAAAGCAGCCCUCCUGGGAAAAAAAAAAAAAAAAAACUAUGUGUAUGUACAGUAUGCACUGACUUAUUUACACACAGACACACUCUCUGUCCUACAGAUAUGCCCUUUUCAAAAGUGCAUCUACAGAACCAGUGCUACUGUGCUUUUUGCCAUUGAUAAACUGUUCUUCUUAUAUAAGGUGCUAUUAUAAUUGAAGAUGAUUUAUUUGUUGGGCUCCGUCAAAGUAUAUUAUAAAAUGUGUAUUUAAAUACUUCACCAUCCAAGCCUCCUUUGGCAGAAACCUUCCUGGCAACAGUCCACCUGCUGUGAAACAUGUUCAUUUAUGUAUGUUAUAUGUAUCUCAUUUUGAUUUUGAUUUAUAAAUGGGCUUGAAAUGAUGUUCAGUUCUCAGCUUAUUAUCAGGUAUAUUGACCGCCUUCUUUGCAUUUUAAUACUCAAGUAUAUUAUCACUUAAUAAUAAACUUCUUCAUAAGAGCAAACUAAUCCAGUUCACAAACAGUUAUGAAAUUUCCAGUUUAGACAAGUCAAUGCCAAUAAUAUGAAGGUUCAUCAUCUGGGGUUAACUGGGUCCUGCGACGAUGGGAAUCCACCCAUUAAAAACUGUCCCUGGCCAAAUGCAUGCAAUUUAAUGUGCUGUACAUACAUGUGUAACUAUGAGUUAUUUAUUAUAUGCAUAAGCAUACUGUUUGAUUGUUUCUGUUUUUGUUUUUUUGGACUACAUGGCCUCUCAUGCACACACUGUACACGGAUUGACAGGUUCUCUGACCUGCUAAUCUUAGACAUUAUGCAGAUUU